AAUAAUAUAGCUGCUAUUUGGUGUUACAGGAAAUUAACAAAGACACACGUGUAUAUAUUUACAGAAAUAAGAUCCAAGUUUAAACCCAAUUCCUUCUCCCCUGUGACCACUUAGUCCACUUAACGUUAGUCCACUGUGUCCCAGCAGCGCCCCUUUCGACGCAUGGAAGUCAGUGAUCACGUGAUGUCCUCAACGGCUCGCUGAAGUUGGAGAAAAGUUUGAGUCAGAGAGAGAGAGAGAGAGUGGGCGAGCGAGAGAGAGGGAAGCGACAGCUAGAGAGAGCCAAACACCGAGGAAAGGAGGCAGACUAAAGCUACCUAAGGUUAUUGAUCUCCCGACACGCUAUGGAUUCCGUCGCCCAGAAAGUGCUGUCCGCGGGAUUCAACGUUGACCUGGGACCCCUGAAGGAACCGCUGGCGUUCAUCCGCCUGCUUCAAUGGGUGUUUGCCAUCUUUGCCUUUGCUACGACUGGAGGUUACAGCGGCACCACCAGCAUCAACGUCCAGUGUCGUGGAAAUGCCAGUCAAGAAAUCCUGGCAGACUUUAACUACCCAUUCAGGUUGAUGCAGCAUUCCUAUCAUGUUCCUGACUGCAAACUCAAUCAAUCUGCCUCUACUACUGAGUUCUUCCUGAUGGGGAACUAUAGCUCCUCUGCACAGUUUUACGUCUGCAUUGGAGUGUUGUCCUUUCUCUACGCCACUGCGGCGCUAGUCCUCUACUUGUGCUACCAACCCUUGUACAGAGAAUCUGGUCGUGGCCCCACUGUGGACCUGUUGGUGACUCUCGCCAUGGCCGUCUUGUGGUUGUCGUCCUCCUCCGCCUGGGCUCAGGGAUUGACCGAUGUAAAGAGGGCCACCAGUCCUGCAAACAUUGUAGCUCUUCUUCAGGUGUGCGGGGAUAUUAACAACAAGUGCAGCCCAGGUGCCUUCCCUCACAUGGGCCGACUAAACUCCUCUGUGAUUUUUGGUUUUCUCAACCUCAUCCUGUGGGGCGGCAGUUGCUGGUUCAUUUACAAGGAAACUCCUUUCCACAAGUCAGCCAGCCCGCCUGCACAUGUGGAGGAGGGAGUCGGGCCAUCCUAAACGUGCAGCUUCUUCACAUUCAAAAUUGAAUGAGUCUUUUUGCUAACAAUUGUUCCCAUGUUGUAGAUUACAAGGUAUACAUUUCCAAAUAUCCUUUUUCAAGAUAUUCCUUUCUUUUUUGUAUUGUUUUUAGGGCUGUGUUUUCUUAAAUAAACUUGGCAGUCAUAGAUUGCAUCUUUUAAAACAUUUGUACCCAAAGCAAAGUGCCCUGCAUUCUAAAAUGGUAUUGCAGAUGUGAACAGCGCAUCCUUUUUCCAGAAAAAUCCAAAUCAACAUUCUCUUUGAAAAAAAUACAAUAUAGCUAACAAAUUUUAUCACUAAAUGCAGUCCUUUCGAACACUGGUCUGGACUAAAUCAAUCCGUAUUUGCCCACACCUAAAACAUGCAGUAGGUAUCAAAACAUGUAGUUGAAAUGUAUUUAUGUUAAAUAGUUGUUGAAUAUUCCAGUUGCCAUUAUGAGAUUAUUUCUAAUAGGAAAAAAGCAAUUUCAUUUAAACUUUUUAGUGUAAUCGUCUCACUAUGAAAGGUUUCAUUCACCGUUAGUUUAAAAUACUUUGUUAAUACUAACAGCAUGUUUGCUUCUUUAUUUUUUACGUUUGACUGACUGUUGGAUAAGAAAUUCUGCAUAACUUAAAUCUUUUUCUUGGAUUCUUUGUUUUUUAUUUUUAAUAUCCCAGCAAGGUCCUACAGUAUUUUAAAGCCAAUUUUUAAUUGAUUCUAUAGCUUGUGUUAAAUGCUAUUGCCUGGCUUUGCCAUUAUUGUAAGAUGAGCUCUUUACUGUAUUAUUGCCAUCAUUCUGAUUCCUACUUGGAUAUAGCCUUGCUUUAUUCAGUUUCUAGCUUUUUCCACAACUGUGUAUUUAUACAAGUGUCAAAUCGAUGAAACUGCAGUUUGUGUUCAUUUCAGGAAGAAGUGGGCAUGAAAUGCCCUGCAUCAUUAAAAAGAUGAGCUGAACUUGU